AUGUCGCAGUUUAAGAAUGAGUAUCCGCUCACUUAUGUGCGACUAGACGACCCGCCAGCGACUCAGACGGGUAAGACACGACCAUUGUCUACGGCAGAGCAAAAGGCGGUUCUCCAGUCUCAGUCAUUUUUCUGGGGUUCUAGCUGGACCCUGGAAAUUCUGAGUUGUCUCACGUCGGUCGUGUUUCUGGUUGCGAUUAUUGUGGUGCUGUACGAGUACGAUGGAAAGCCUAUGCCUGAGUGGCCGUAUGGCAUCACGCUUAACGCGUUGGUCUCGGUGCUAUCCACUGUGAUGAAAGCUUCUAUGGUUUUCAUUGUUUGUGAGGGUCUGUCGCAGCUCAAAUGGUCGUGGUUCAGCAAUGGAAAUAAGCUCAGUGACUUGGCGCUACUAGAUGCUGCUAGUCGCGGACCGGCGGGGGCCUUUAUUGCGCUGUUGAGAUUUGUUCCUCGCCACCUCGUGACAUUCGGAUGUUUAGUUCUUGUGCUGGCAGCAGCCACCGAUCCCUUUGUUCAGCAGGUUAUGGGAAUCCAAGAGCGGUCGAUUCAUGCUUCUGGAAAAUCAUCCAUCCAAGUCUGCAAUUCCAGUCUAUACACCGAUUAUGGCGAGGGUGCUGGACCGGGAAUGAACAAAGUCCCACUUUCAACUAUGGGCGCCAUCUACUCCGGUCUCUUCCAAGAACAGAGCCCAAACAGUAAAAAUGUCAUGAUGGAGUGCGCAACCGGAAACUGCACAUUCUCUCCAUAUCAGUCUCUCGGUUUCUGCAGCCGCUGUUCAAACAUUACGGACUCUCUAAAACUGAGCAAAGAAUCCUUCGGUUCUUAUUCCUCAUACAACUACAAAUUACCCAAUGGGUUCUCCUUCGACACGGCCAUCAACACGAACACCAUGAUUAACACUACAACCUACAAACCUCUCAUUAAGUUGGACACAACGGAUCUCGCACUAAUCCUCAAUUUCACGGUCAUCAGCGCAUCCGGCUACGGUACACCCCCCGACGUCACCGCAACAGAAUGCGCCCUCUACUAUUGUGUCGACACAUAUCACGCAGCAGUAAACGGCGGAGUAUUCACAGAAACUGUCACCUCAAACGACGGCAAGUCAAACUUCAGCUCCGAGUACACCUUCGGUAAAAAUGUCGCAAUCACCCCAGACACCUGCUACGUGAAUGGAACGAGACGCGAGAACAAAGACACUCCGGAGUGCACCUACGAAGUAAACUACUUCAGUACGCUUGCCAUGUCAAACUCAGUCUCCCCACUCCUAAAAGGCAAAGGUUCUCGUCCCAUUAGCAAUCGACCGAGCUGGUCAUCCGAUACAAUCGAAGCCCUCUACGGCACGUAUGGCAAUUACACCGAAAUCAACUCCGUCUUCGAAUCACUCGCCUCGUCAUUGACGACACAUGCUCGAUCUAAGGUCUGCAAUUCCAUCAAGAACGGUACUGCGUGGACCACUCAAUCGUAUGUCCAUGUGCGCUGGCCGUGGAUGAUCCUUCCUAUCGUGCUGGUUGUGUUGAGUUUCGUGUUCUUGGUGAUUACUGUGUUCCACACGAGAAGGCAAUAUAUUUGGAAGUCUUCGCCUUUGGCUUUGCUUUUCUCUGAUUUGAGGAUUGAUGGGGAUGCUCCGCUUAGACCGGAUCCUACGCUCAAGGGCAUGGAGAUGACUUCCAGGAACAUGGAUGUUUAUUUGGAGAGUUCGGCUGAGGGUCCCAGGCUUAAGGCUGUUCGUACUUCUUGA